UACGAAGGCACUGUUAAAAGGGAGACAGAAAGAGAGAGAGAGACAGGUAGAGAGAGGAGGAGAGAUAAUAACAAAGCAAAAGAUAAAAGAAAGAAGGCAACAAAUUAGAAGUGCAAACAAGGCAUCCUUUUCCAGCAUUUAAUAGUUUGCAGGCUCUGUUUUUUCCAGAAUUUUCUGAGUUAGUACUGGUUUCUGGAGCUGACUUUCUUGUUAGAAACUCUGAUUGAAUUCUGAGCAUUAGGGGGAAUUUUGAUUCUGGGCUCUUUUGUUUUGGUUCGUUUGUCGCAUUUGGCAGAUGGGUUUUUGGUGAAAUUCCAUUUGGUUGAGUGAGACGUGAGAGAAUUGUAUAGGAAAUGUCUUUCAAGAGCAGAGGAGGAGAGCAGCAACCAUCGAGAAGCGUCAUAUCUCAAAAAUGGACUAUUUUUCUCUGUAUUGGUAGUUUCUGUGUUGGAAUGUUUUUCACUAAUAGAAUGUGGGCGGUGCCUGAAUCAAAGGGUAUCACAAGAAGUGCAGGAGUAGAAGGAGAGAGCCUAAACUUAGUUUCAGAGGGUUGUAAUCCUAAAUUUUUGCAGCAGAAGUAUGUAAAAAGGGAUUCUAAGGACAUUUUGGGAGAACCCUCUAAAAGUCAGCAAGCCAUACAGACAUUGGACAAGACAAUUUCAAAUUUGGAGAUGAAGUUAGCUGCUGCUAAGGCAGCUCAAGAGUCGAUUCUCAGCGGAUCUCCAAUAUCUGAAGACAUGGAGAAGACUGGAUCGUCUGGCAGAAGAAAAUAUUUUAUGGUUGUGGGAAUAAAUACUGCAUUUAGCAGCCGAAAAAGAAGGGACUCUGUUCGUGCAACAUGGAUGCCCCAAGGUGAAAAAAGAAGGAAAAUGGAAGAAGAGAAAGGAGUCAUCAUUCGCUUUGUUAUUGGUCACAGUGCCACGUUAGGAGGAAUACUGGACAGAGCUAUUGAAGCUGAGAACAAGAAGCAUGGAGAUUUCAUGAGGCUGGAUCAUGUUGAGGGAUACCUUGAAUUAUCUGCAAAGACAAAGUCUUACUUUGCUACUGCUGUUACUAUGUGGGAUGCAGAGUACUAUGUCAAAGUUGACGAUGAUGUGCAUGUAAAUAUAGCAACACUUGGUGAUACUUUAGCAAGGCAUAGGAAGAAACCAAGGAUAUAUAUUGGUUGCAUGAAAUCUGGACCAGUGCUUGCUCAGAAGGGAGUAAGAUAUCAUGAACCAGAAUAUUGGAAAUUUGGGGAGGCAGGAAACAAGUACUUCCGUCAUGCUACAGGACAAUUAUAUGCCAUUUCAAAAGAUUUGGCUACUUAUAUUUCUGUCAACCAGCAUGUACUGCACAAGUAUGCUAAUGAAGAUGUGUCUUUGGGAUCUUGGUUUAUUGGGCUUGAUGUGCUGCAUAUUGAUGAUCGCAGAUUAUGCUGUGGAACUCCGCCUGAUUGUGAAUGGAAGGCACAAGCUGGCAAUAUCUGUGUAGCUUCAUUUGACUGGACCUGCAGUGGCAUCUGCCGGUCUGUAGAUCGGAUCAAGGAGGUUCAUCGGCGCUGUGGGGAAGGUGAAAAUGCUAUUUGGACUGCUGCUUUUUAAGAAUUACCAGCCAUUUCUUCCAAUCUCAGGAAGUAAAAGGAACGUGAACUAGGUGCUAGUUUUCUGUGUCAUGCAAGAGAAUACAGGGUAUAGAAUGUUAUAUACACAGUGGAGAGAGAGAGAGAGAGAGACAGAGAGCCUAGCCCUUCUCCAUUUUAGUAGAGAAGGUGGCUGCCAAAGCAGUCGAUAGCGGGAAAAUGGCUUUCAGUGUACCUUUUUUUUACUGCUCAAAAAAUGCUAAAUUGUAAGACAUAGUAUGUAUAGAUAAAAAGUUAAUAAAUGCAAGAUUUUUUGUGCUCUUA